AUAACAGCUUUAGGCUAGUAUCCAAAAUGCGUCUUUCCUCGCACGUUGUUCCAAAGGUAUCGCUCCUACUUCACCCCUCUACUCUUGCUGGCCUCCUGAAACUCAUAUGCCCAGCUUAAGGACCCCUCACUAUUCCGCGAAGCAGCCUUCAUAAAUGGCCAAUUCGUCCAAGCUAAAGACGGCAAAACCUUUGACGUCCAUGACCCUGCCUCUACUGACAGGAUAGCUACUAUCCCCGAACUCAGUGUUUCUGAAGUCCAGGAUGCUAUCAAUAUUGCCCGGGACGCCCUCAAAUCUUUCCGAAGGACACUCCCCCGUGAGAGAGCUAGAAUGUUGAGAAAAUGGUACGAUCUCAUCAUGGAAAACCAGGAGGAUUUGGCUGCACUCAUUACCUGGGAGAACGGGAAGCCACUCGCAGACGCUAGGGGCGAAGUUGCAUACGCAGCUGCCUUCUUUGAGUGGUUCUCUGAGGAGGCUCCGAGGAUGUAUGGGGAUAAUAUUCCUGCCUCUGUUAGGGAAAACAGGGUUGUUACUGUCAAGCAGCCUAUUGGUGUUUGUGGAUUGAUUACUCCGUAUGCCUGCACCCGCUGCCCCUCCUCUAUUCCAGGUUCUCCCACUCACACGAUAUGCUUCUCAAAAAGAUGGAACUUCCCGGCAGCUAUGAUCACCCGGAAAAUUGGUCCCGCCCUAGCAGCAGGGUGUACAAUCGUCGCAAAAGCUCCCGAGGAAACUCCAUUGACCUCCCUUGCCAUCGCAGAAUUAGCUAACCGUGCCGGUAUUCCCAAAGGCGUUGUAAACGUUGUGACAGCUCUCAAAAACACUCCCGAAAUUGGCAAGGAGCUCUGCACCAACCCUAUCAUCAAAAAGGUAUCCUUUACCGGCUCCACGGGUGUUGGAAAGCUUCUUAUGCAGCAAUGCUCUUCUACUUUGAAGAAAUUGUCUCUCGAGCUCGGGGGCAAUGCCCCCUUCAUCGUAUUUGACGACGCGGAUCUUGAUAAGGCGGUUUCUGGCGCCAUCACAAGUAAAUUCAGAUCUUCCGGACAGACUUGUGUUUGCGCCAACAGGAUAUACGUCCAAGAUGCAGUCUACAAUGAGUUUUCAAAGAGGCUCGCGGAGAAAGUCAAGGGGUUCAGAGUCGGCAGUGGAUAUCACUUGGAGAAUACUCACGGUCCAUUAAUACACGAGAGGGCGGUCGGAAAAGUCCAAGACCAUGUUGAAGACGCCCUUAAGAAAGGAGGCACCGUGCUCGCUGGUGGGAAGGGUUUGGACCACCUUGGGCCCAAUUUCUAUGAGCCCACGGUCAUCGCAAAUAUGACUAGUGACAUGAGGAUUCACCGAGAGGAGACCUUCGGCCCUAUUGCGGCCCUGUUCAGGUUCAAUUCGGAGAAUGAAGUGGUCGACCUGGCAAAUGAGGCAGAGGUUGGUUUAGCGGGAUACUUCUUUAGUAGUGAUAUUGCUAGGAUCUGGAGAGUUGCGGAGGCUCUCGAGGGUAUGUUUGACUUCCGGCAACCCCCUUUCUAGCUGCUGCCUAACCUGUUGGUGCCUAGUGGGCAUGGUGGGUGCCAAUACUGGCUUGAUAUCCGAUGUUGCGUCGCCCUUCGGAGGAGUGAAAGAGAGCGGCUUCGGAAGAGAGGGCAGCAAAUACGGCAUUGAUGAAUAUACAGUCAUCAAAUCGAUUACUUUUGGUGGUGUCGGUGAGUUGCAGGGAUAAGUGACGGGCGGGUUUACCGGUAUUUGUGCAGUACGAGUACUCGAGUACAGUAUGUGCCCCACGUUUGCAAAAAUGCCAAUCCCGGGAGUAUCAAGU